AUGCAACGAGUAACCCCCAACACGGUGAAGGAAGCCAUGGCAAGGGUAGUGAUUCCAAAAUAAACAUCUCAGCCAAACAUUUGCCCAGAACACAACAACUUCUUCCACAUCCCUCCAAAGUUUCAGCAAUAGCGUUUGACCAUUAAAUAAGCGGUGCCAACUUCCAAAUCUAUCGAAGAGAAGCGGUAUAAGCAACACAAAAACAACAUCUCGGAAAAUAACAACAAUCGUACUAACAGCAGCUCCAAAAGUCGUGUCUCUGCUUUCGCCACCAUGCAAGUCGAAGAUGACUCAUUGUAUGGAUCCCAAAAUGGACUCAAACUACGCAAACUAAUUGGUGACAGUCACAUCCUGUCCUCCAACAUUCUUUAGCAACUGUAUGUGUUCACUUUAUUAUAUAGAUCCAAAUAGAAUCUCACCAGCAACCUCACGAGUGAUUCUCAGAGUCCAGGCCAAAGGAAACCCCUCAAAAGGAAUUAAGAACUUUGGAAUCUCAACACCCAAAUCCAAGCCUCCUUGAUUAAUAAAAAAUAGUUCUCCAGAUGGGAAUUCCAUAAAGAGCAUCUAAUUAAACAGCAAAAGAAUAUGCAAAUAUACAAACAGCAAUUUGUAUCAUUGAGUGAUUUGAAUGAUGUCCAAUAGUAAAUAAUCAACAAUCUAUUCGAACUCUACAACAAUAUGUGUAUUCAAGUCUUAUGCGAACAGGAGGAGAAGUUCUACGAGAUGAUUGAUUAAAUACGCAGAGAAAGGGAUCUAUGGUAAAACAAUUAUAAGCAAGUUGAGCAAGAGAGAGACAUCUUGCUUGAAACUGUUAAAUAACUUAAGACGCCCAAAUAGAUUGCUAAUAACAAAAAUGCUUAGGGCAACAACAUUGAUAGUAUGGAUACAAUUUAGUUAAAGGAAAUGCAAGAUAUCAUGCAAUAGAAAAUUCAAGAAAUGAGUGAAAAAGAAGCGAAGUUAAUUAAAUUGGUUUUGGCAAUCAAGAAAAGUGGGGUGGACAUUGAAAAAAUCUAUAAUGAAGAAGUCUUAAAUGAUGAUAGCGUUGCUGAAUAAACUGAGAAAUCCCUUGUUCAUAAGUACCAUCAUUAUGAACGCAGUGUUCAUGAUGCAGACAAUUCAGUUGUCAACGAUUCUGAUGAAUCCAGCUUCUGUUUCCUUAAUAGAUUUGACAAUGAAUCUGUCGUUGAAAGUGUUAGAAAAUUUGAGUAUAAAAAUGCCAACGUUCUCGAUACUAAAUCUAAUGUCAAAUUGAAGUUGGAUCUAUCCAAUAUCCAAAAGAAAAGCACCUCCACUCAAGCCAAUUAGAAAUAAUAGAAUCAAAAAUAAACCAUUUAACAACAUCAAUAGAAGUAGAUGCAAAAACUUAAACUUCCAGAACAUUCAGAGAAUGGUGGUUUUCAUCAAGAAUUUAUGCAGAAAUUAAAUGAAUUCUCAGAAAGUUGGAGAAUCUAAGCAUUAAAAGAUGAAAAAAGAACUAAAUCUUGA